UUUGCUUCACACCUUAUUACGAAAAAAAACAUGUCUAACUCUAACAGCGAAAUAUCUUUAUCCACUGAAGAUAACCAUGCUAUCAAAAACGAAUAUAAGACAUGGUACAAACAUGAUGGUGGUAAAGAUGGUCUGACUUCUAUGGAGAGACUUCAGCAAUUCAUGUUGAUGAACGGCGGAGAAAACCUCAAUAUGUAUCUUGGCGGUGACAAGGAAGGACGAACGUUCAAGUCGUCAAAGGUUACAAUACUGAAUAAAUGCAACCAGUAUUUUCAGGAGCAAGGGGUUUAUCGAACUACAGCCCAAAUAAAGUCGAGGCUCAACAAUCUUUUGACAAAACAAUAUGGAGAAGCCUAUCGUGUUUGGAAUAAUAGUAUUAAAAAUAAUUCUAACGACGAAGGCUCUACCAGUGAAAAAGAAGGCUUAGAGUCUGAAUUGAAUCAAAUCUGCCCUGCUUUCUUUCAGAUGGAAAAUGUUAUGGACAAUAGAAAGACUGGUUCUCCAGCGGUUUGUGAUACCACAAAGCCAAUGGAAUGGAUACAUGACGAGGACGGCGAGCAAAGCAAUGGCGAUGAUGACAACACGGACGAAGAAUCAGCUGAAAACAGUCAUAGCAGCAACAAUGAGGAAUAUGACAGCCAAAAUGAUAACAUGUCUGUACUCUGCUCCCCUCCUCCUAAGUCAAGCUCUUCUAGAAAACGCAGAAGAGUAGACGUCGAAUAUAAAGAGUUGGCAGAAGAGGUGACGAGACAACUUAAUGAGUCUUCUGUGUCCCUAGAGGCAAAAAUAGAACGGCUUUAUAGGGAAAAGCUAGAAGUUCUUAAGGACGAUCUUCACAUUAAGCGAGAACGCGAAUUUAUACACAGAAAAUUCGAAAACAUGAUGAAAGCAGUUGCAGAAUUGGCCAAAGUGCAAAACUGGUCAGAUGAAAAAGUGCAAGAGCAAACUGACGACGUUUACAAUAAAACGUAUGGUAGUUAAAGACUAUCAAUUUAAUAAUGAC